AUGGCGGUUGGCAAGAACAAGAAGCUUUCCAAGGGUAAGGGUAAUAAGAAGCGCGCUGUUGAUCCCUUCACCCGCAAGGAAUGGUACGACAUCAAGGCGCCCGUGUUCUUCGAGAACCGCAACGUCGGUAAAACAAUUGUGAACCGCUCUCAGGGUCUGAAGAAUGCCUCUGAUGCGCUCAAGGGCCGUAUUCUUGAGCAGUCGCUUGCCGACCUUAACAAGGACGACGAGCAAGCUUACCGCAAGUUCCAGCUUCGUGUGGAUGAGGUGCAGGGUCGUAACUGCCUGACCAACUUCUACGGUAUGAGCUUCACGUCUGACAAGUUGCGCUCGCUUGUUCGCAAGUGGCAGUCGCUCAUUGAGGCGCAUCAGGACAUUAGGACGACGGACGGUUACCUUUUGCGUGUGUUUGCUAUUGGUUUCACGCGCCGUCGUGCAAACCAGGUCAAGAAGACCACAUACGCGAAGUCCUCUCAGAUCCACGCCAUUCGCAAGAAGAUGUUCGAGGUGAUUCAGCGCGAGUCGUCGUCGUGCGACCUGCGCGAAUUUGUGGCCAAGCUAAUCCCUGAGGUCAUGGGCCGCGAAAUUGAAAAGAGCACGCAAGGUAUUUACCCGCUCAAGGAUGUGUUCAUCCACAAGGUCAAGGUGUUGAAGCGCCCCAAGUUCGAUGUCAACAAGCUCUACGAGCUGCACGGUGGCGCUUCGGUCGUGGGUGCUGAGGAUGUAGGCACGAAGAUCAAGAGCGGAGAGUUCAAGGAGCCUGUGCCUCAGGCCUCGGUCUAA